CUCCUCCUCCUCCCCCUCUCUCCUCUUCCCCACCUUCCUCCUCCCGGUCCCUUCCCCUCCCCUCCUCCUCCUCCUCCUCCUCCUCCUCCAGCUCAGGUUGCAGCUCCUCUGGGGAGCCGCUCACCUUUCCGGAGCGGGGGAAGCAGCCCCGAGCCGGGCAGGGACCCCAGCAGGGCGCAGGGCGCGCGCCCAGCCCCGCCGCCUCGGCCGUCGCGGUGCCCCCAGGACGCGCGCGGACCUGGCCACCUGGUCCCUGCCGAUCAUGAACAAGAUGAAGAACUUUAGGCGCCGCUUCUCCCUGUCAGUGCCCCGCACUGAGACCAUCGAGGAGUCCUUGGCGGAGUUCACAGAGCAGCUGAACCAGCUCCACAACCGGCGCAAUGAGGACCUGCAGCUCAGUCCUCUUGGCAGAGACCCCCAGACAGAGCCCAGCACCUUCUCCCCCCCAGAUGGUGGAGAGGACCCCAGGCAGCCGUCCCCUGGCACGCGGUACCGGCGCCAGAACCAGCGCCGCUUCUCCAUGGAGGACAUCAGUAAGAGGCUCUCCCUGCCCACGGACAUCCGUCUGCCCCAGGAAUUCCUGCAGAAGCUACAGCUGGAAAGCCCAGACCUGCCCAAACCGCUAAGCCGCGUGUCCCGCCGUGCCUCCCUGUCAGACAUCGGCUUUGGGAAAUUGGAAACGUAUGUGAAACUGGACAAACUGGGGGAGGGUACCUAUGCCACCGUCUUCAAAGGCCGCAGCAAACUGACAGAGAACCUCGUGGCCCUGAAGGAGAUCCGGCUGGAGCACGAGGAGGGGGCGCCCUGCACUGCCAUCCGAGAGGUGUCUCUCCUGAAGAACCUGAAGCAUGCCAAUAUUGUGACCCUGCACGACCUCAUCCAUACAGAGCGGUCUCUCACCCUGGUGUUUGAGUAUCUGGACAGUGACCUGAAGCAGUAUCUGGACCACUGUGGAAACCUCAUGAGCAUGCACAACGUCAAGAUUUUCAUGUUCCAACUGCUCAGGGGCCUUGCCUACUGCCACCGCCGCAAGAUCCUGCACCGGGACCUGAAACCCCAGAACCUGCUCAUCAACGAGAGGGGGGAACUGAAGCUGGCUGACUUUGGACUGGCCCGGGCCAAGUCCGUGCCCACAAAGACCUACUCCAAUGAGGUGGUGACCCUGUGGUACAGGCCCCCGGAUGUGCUGCUGGGGUCCACAGAGUACUCCACCCCCAUCGAUAUGUGGGGCGUGGGCUGCAUCCACUACGAGAUGGCCACCGGGAGGCCCCUCUUCCCCGGCUCCGCCGUCAAGGAGGAGCUGCACCUCAUCUUCCGGCUCCUCGGGACCCCUACAGAAGAGACGUGGCCUGGCGUGACGGCCCUGUCGGAGUUCCGAGCCUACAACUUCCCCCGGUACCUCCCGCAGCCGCUCAUCAGCCACGCCCCCAGGUUGGACCCUGAAGGCAUCAACCUCCUGACCAGCCUCCUCCUGUAUGAAUCCAAGAGCCGCAUGUCCGCAGAGGCUGCCCUGAGCCACCCCUACUUCCGGUCUCUGGGCGAGCGCGUGCACCAGCUGGACGACCCUGCCUCCAUCUUCUCCCUGAAGGAGAUCCAACUUCAGAAGGACCCAGGCUACCGGGGCCUGGCCUUUCAGCAGCCAGGACGAGGGAAGAACCGGCGACAGAGCAUCUUCUGAGCUGUGCACACCCUGCUGUGGCAUGAGGGACAGAAAGUCACACGGCACCACUGGGGGCAGGUCGGGGCCUGUGUGCCCUUGGAAGACUGAGGAGCGGGGACUAGCG